GACGACAACAAUAUGGCGGCACCCAUAGCGAUUCACCUGGAGUUUGGGUUGGUAUAAAAUACGUUUUUGUUGGUUGACACAGCCUUUGAUCAUUUUCAAACACAUAGUUGACAAGACGUCGUCUGUUCUCAUUCGUCGUCUUACUUUCAAAAGGCAGAAAAUACAUUGUUGCUUUUAAAUAUCGCAGGAGAUAAUGACUGUCGUGCAGUCGCAAACUAACGUGAACGCUAAACCAAAGCAUUAGUUUAAGUUUAACAAACUAGUUAACGUUAUCUAGCUAGCUAGGUUGCUGCGUUUAGGAAUAGAUUAUAAUUGAUUACUAGCUAUGUUCUGUUUUUUUAAAUAUAUAUUUUUACAAUUAAUAUGCUUUCGCAACUCAGCAAGUAAAGAUGUUGCUAGAGUGCAGGGUGUAUGCCAACAGAUUAGCUCUGGUACUCGCAUACAUCGGAUUUUUAUAUUUGCCGCAUGCGCGUGGAGCAGAGCUAGUCUGGCAGUAACAAAGUGCUCAAAAGUCGAUAAUUUCUUAUUUUUGAGAAAUGACACCCUGAGCAGACAGACAAGUUAUCCAACACUCUAGCAACUGUGCAGUAAUACGAAGAAAAACAAAGAAGCAUUUGUGGACAGGUACCUCAAGGUUGUUGUCACAAGCUAGUGGAUGUUUUGCCGUUUCAAGACUCAACUGAGGACAUCACUUCUCUGACUCUGUAUGCAGCAAUUGUCAAAUCUAACUACAGUGUUGCAUUCUGUAAAAUAAUACUGCUUUACAGUGUGUGGAACACUGCACUAAGAAAAGGCACACAGGAUGUCUGUGAUUGUAGCCUAAAAGCAUUUAUUCUGUCCUGACUGGGCUGCCAUGAGAUGACAGCAUUUGUCUGUUAUAUAGAGAGAGGGAUGCAUGCUCUAAGAUGUUGUAGUAGAUGAGAGAAGUCGUGUUUGAGACUGAGAGAACCGGUUGACCCCAGUGAAUGAGUGUUCCAGUAGACAUACAGGACCUUUGCUCAAUUGUAUAGGCUAAAUGCAUUUCUCUGUCAUAGGCUAUAUAGGAUAGGGAUGAAUGCUUUGAAAUGUUGUAGUAGAUGAGCGGACAUAGUGUUUGCUUAAUUACUAGGCGUGCUUCGCUCUCUUGCUCUCUCUUUGCAUAGAUAGACUGGGCUCUAGGCCAGCUCAGCACCAGAGCAUCUGAAUGACAACUCUGCAUUCUCCAGGCGAUGUGAGCUCUCUUUAUAUGGACCCGGCCUGCACCUGCAGCAGCCACACACAGUCUAUCUUUGCUUCUAUUUCUCUCUGAUCUGUCCCCUUUCUAUCUCUUGUGCUCACCCUAUCUUUACACUUGACUCACUCUCUUGCUCUCUCAAUUAAAUUCAAAGGCUUUAUUGGCAUGGGAAACAUAUGUUUACGUUGUUUAUUUCACUUGCUUUGGCAAUUACAUAUUAACAGUUAACAUUAAACACACAAGUUUCAAAAGAGAAAGACGUUUGAAAUGUUGUUAACUAACUCUCUCCUCUCCCAUGCAGGGAGAGAGGCGACUAAUGUUUGUCUCAUGCUAGCAGGCUAAUCACUGAUGGUCUGUUAACUAGGAUGUGUUCACUAUCUGCUCACUAUGUGGGUUGAUGGUAGGGCUGGGCGAUAUAUCAUAUAAAUGUUGUCAUUUUUAUGAGAUUUGUUUCUGCCCGCGGCAUUGUUAGCAGCAUGUUAGCCACAAACCGUUAUGUGUUAGCUGUCUAGUCUGUGUUUUAUAAAUGUGCAAUGAGCAUAUAAAUAUGCAUGUAUAUAAGGAAUUAGUAACUCGUUCUUGUAGGCCACUUGAUUUCAACGUCUAAACAAAGUGGACAGGCUAGCAUUCUGUUCAAACAGUUGGAGACGGACAGUAGGGUGUGUUCAUAGCAGUUAAACUGUUCUACCUUGUUAGCUUGACAAUAUAUAAAAGUUGGCUAAAUUUGAAAUAUAAAGAUUAGCUGGCUCCUCACUAGCACGUGGGCUUAUGCUUGAGAUAUUGUUUAUGAUACCUGUGUUAAUUUUCUAUAAUACACUAUUUUGAUUAAAUCAUUAGUGGUUGUGGAAUGCUUAUAUUUAGCUUAGGUAUAAUGUGCAACAAAGCUUAUUUAGAGAACAUAAUUUUAGAUAUACACUGCUAGUCAAAUGUUUGGACACACCUACUCAUUCAAAGGUUUUUCUUUAUUGUUACUAUUUUUUACAUUGUAGAAUAAUAGUGAAGACAUCAAAACUAUGAAAUAACACAUAUGGAAUCAUGUAGUAACCAAAAAAUUGUUAAACAAAUCAAAAUAUAUUUUAUAUUUGAGAUUCUUCUAAUAGCCACCCUUUGCCUUGAUGACAGCUUUGCACACUCUUGACAUUCUCUCAACCAGCUUCAUCUGGAAUGCUUUUCCAGCAGUCUUGAAGGAGUUCCCACAUAUGCUGAGCACUUGUUGGCUGCUUUUCCUUCACUCUGCGGUCCGACUCAUCCCAAACCAUCUCAAUUGGGUUGAGGUCGGGGGAUUGUGGAGGCCAGGUAAUCUGAUGCAGCACUCCAUCACUCUCCUUCUUGGUCAAAUACCCCUUACACAGCCUGGAGGUGUGUUGGUCAUUGUCCUGUUGAAAAACAAAUUAUAGUCCCACUAAGCCCAAACCAGAUGGGAUGGCGUAUCGCUGCAGAAUGCUGUGGUAGCCAUUCUGGUUAAGUGUGCCUUGAAUUCUAAAUAAAUCACAGACAGUGUCACCAGCAAAGCACCCCCACACCAUAACACCUCUUCCUCCAUGCUUUACGGUGGGAAAUACACAUGCGGAGAUCAUCCGUUCACCCAUGCUGCAUCUCACAAAGACACGGCGGUUGGAACCAAAAAUCUCCAAUUUGGACUCCAGACCAAAGGACACAUUUCCACCGGUCUAAUGUUCAUUGCCCAUGUUUCUUGGCCCAAGCAAGUCUCUUCUUAUUGGUGUCCUUUAGCAGUGGUUUCUUUGCAGCAAUUCGACCAUGAAGGCCUGAUUCACACAGUCUCCUCUGAACAGUUGAUGUUGAGAUGUGUCUGUUACUUGAACUCUGAAGUAUUUAUUUGGGCUGCAAUUUCUGAGGCUGGUAACUCUAACAAACGUAUCCUGUGCAGCAGCGGUAACUCUGGGUCUUCCAUUCCUGUGACGGUCCUCAUGAGAGCCAGUUUCAUCAUAGCGCUUGAUGGUUUUUGCGACUGCACUUGUUCCGUAUUGACUGACCUUCAUGUCUUAAAGUAAUGAUGGACUGUCAUUUCUCUUUGCUUAUUUGAGCUGUUCUUGCCAUAAUACGGACUUGGUAUUUUACCAAAUAGGGCUGUCUUCUGUAUACCCCCCUACCUUGUCACAACACAACUGAUUGGCUCAAAUGCAUUAAGAAGGAAAUAAAUUCCACAAAUUAACUUUUAAGAAGGAACACCUGUUAAUUGAAAUGCAUUCCAGGUGACUACCUCAUGAAGCUGGUUGAGAAAAUGCCAAAUGUGCAAAGCUGUCAUCAAAGCAAAGGGUGGCUAUUUGAAACAAUCUCAAAUAUAUCAUCUAUUUUGAUUUGUUUAACACUUCUUUGGUUACUACAUGAUUCCAUAUGUGUUAUUUCAUAGUUUUGAUGUCUUCACUAUUAUUCUACAAUGUAGAAAAUAGUAAAAAUAAAAUAAAAACCCUUGAAUGAGUAGGUGUUCUAAAACUUUUGACGAUAGUGUAUAUCGUGAAUUUGUUUGAAAAAAUCGAGAUAUGACUUUCAGGCCAUAUCGUCCAGCCCUAGAUGAUGGGCAUCUGUAGAGAAUGUAAAUGCAUGCAUGGGCAUCUGUUUAGUGUCAUCUGCUGCUGCCCUGUGAGUCACCCAGAGUGAACCAGCUGCACCCAGCUGCAGGGGUCUGCUCUGGCCGGGCGCCUUGGUGUGGUGGACGGAGGUGGUUGGUUGACUCUUUUUUAGGCUAGCAUUGGGACAUGUCUGAUAUAGUGGGAGACUUGAGUUGGGCUUGAUAAACUAUAGCCUAGUAUUUGUGUUCAAUUGGUCCCUCAGGAAUAUUGACAGCUCUUCCACCUUCUCCUGGAUUAGGGCCAACGUACAGUGCAUUCAGAAAGUAUUCAGACCCCUUCCCUUUUUCCACAUUUUGUUACGUUACAGCCUUAUUCUAAAAAAAAUGCUCAUCAAUCUACACACAAUACCUCAUAAUGACAAAGCAAACAGUUUAGACAUUUUUGCACAUUUAUUACAACAACAAAAAACGGAUACCUUAUUUUUACCUAAGUGUUCAGACCCUUUGCUAUAAGACUCGAAAUUGAGCUUCUGUGAAUCCUGUUUCCAUUGAUCAUCCUUGAGAUGUUUCUAGAACUUGAUUGGAAUCCACCUGUGGUAAAUUCAAUUGUUUGGACAUUAUUUGGAAAGGCACACACCUGUCUAUAUAAGGUUCCACAGUUGACAGUGCAUGUCAGAGCAAAAACCAAGCCAUGAGAUCAAAGGAAUUGUCUGUAGAGCUCAGAGACAGGAUUAUGUCGAGGCACAGAUCUGGGGAAGGGUACCAAAAAAUGUCUGCAGCAUUGAAGGUCCCCAAGAACACAGUGGACUCCAUCAUUCUUAAAUGGAAGAAGUUUGGAACCACCAAGACUCUUCCUAGAGCUGGCCACCCGGCCAAACGGAGCCAUCGGGGGAGAAGGACCUUGGUCAGGGAGGUUACCAAGAACCCGAUGGUCACGCUGACAGAGCUCCAGAGUUCCUCUGUGGAGAUGGGAGAACCUUCCAGAAGGACAACCAUCUCUGCAGCACUCCACCAAUCAGGCCUUUAUGGUAGAGUGGCCAUAGAGUGGCCAGACGGAAGACACUCCUCAGUAAAAGGCACAUGACAGUCCGCUUGGAGUUUGCCAAAAGGAACCUAAAGGACUCAGACCAUGAGAAACAAGAUUCUCUGGUCUGAUGAAACCAAGAUUGAACUCUUUGACCUGAAUGCCAAGCAUCAUGUCUGGAGGAAACCUGGCACCAUCCUUACGGUGAAGCAUGGUGGUGGCAGCAUCAUGCUGUGGGGAUGUUUUUCAGCGGCAGGGAGUGGGAGACUAGUCAGGAUCAAGGGAAAGAUGAACGGAGCAAAGUACAGAGAGAUCCUUGAUGAAAACCUGCUCCAGAGCACUCAGGACCUCAGACUGGGGACAGGACAACAACCCUAAGCUCACAGCCAAGACAACGCAGGAGUGGCUUCGGGACAAGUCUCUGUACAAUCUUGAGUGGCCCAGCCAGAGCCCGGACUUGAACCCGAUCUAACAUCUCUGGAGAGACCUGAACAUAGCUGUGCAGCGACGCUCCCCAUCCAACCUUACAGAGCUUGAGAGGAUCUGCAGAGAAGAAUGGGAGAAACUCCCCAAAUACAGGUAUGCCAAGCUUGCAGUGUCAUACCCAAGAAGACUAGAGGUUGUAAUCACUGCCAAAGGUGCUUCAACAAAGUACUGAGUAAAGGGUCUGAAUACUUAUGUAAAUAUGAUAUUUCCGUUUUAUUUUAUUUUAAAUUUGCUAAUAUUUCUACAAACCAGUUUUUUCUUUGUCAUUAUGAGGUAAUGAUGAGGAUUUUUUUUUUUUAUGUUGAAUUGUUUUAGAAUAAGGCUGUAACAUAACAAAAUGUGGAAAAAGUCAAGGGGUCUGAAUACUUUCCGGAUGCAUUGUAUAUAGCCUAGUCCCUCGCAAAUAGAUAGAAGUCUCUCAGGUGGUCCCCUCAUAGCCCCUAUCCUUGAGUGGUGACUUUCAGUUGCCUCUCUCAGAUGUCUCUCUCUGUCCUUGGUGAGGGAGGCCAGUGAGACCUGUUGUAAUGGUCUGAAGGGGAGGCGCAUAGCUGUGAUGUGAUAUACAUACACUCAUGCUUUAUUGAAUGAUCUCGGCUGGCGUCCGAUGCCACACACUAGUUCACUGCAGGGGAGCCCCAUCUCCCUAUUCUUCAGUGUCUCACCUCUCCCCAUCUCCCUAUUCUUCAGUGUCUCACCUCUCCCCAUCUCCCUAUUCUUCAGUGUCUCACCUCUCCCCAUCUCCCUCUUCUUCAGUGUCUCACCUCUCCCCAUCUCUCUCUUCUUCAGUGUCUCACCUCUCCCCAUCUCUCUCUUCUUCAGUGUCUCACCUCUCCCCAUCUCUCUCUUCUUCAGUGUCUCACCUCUCCCCAUCUCUCUCUUCUUCAGUGUCUCACCUCUCCCCAUCUCUCUCUUCUUCAGUGUCUCACCUCUCCCCAUCUCCCUAUUAUUCAGUGUCUCACCUCUCCCCAUUCUUCAGUGUCUCACCUCUCCCCAUCUCUCUAUUCUUCAGUGUCUCACCUCUCCCCAUCUCUCUCUUCUUCAUUAUUCUUCAGUGUCUCUGGUCUCCACAGCCUUUUCGCCUUCCUCAGGGAUUAACUCACCACCAUGCCCUCUAAUUCCAGAUGAUGGUAAUCUGAUACCACCCUGGCUGCACUUUUUAUGUACCAAUUCAAUGUGACACUGCAAAGUUACUCUACCAACCUAUGUAAUAACUAUGAACAUCUAUGUAAUUAAAUGCCCUUUACUUCCUAGGGGAGGGGCGGAGCUACUGUUUGGCGGUGUGAAGGAGCAUCAUGUGACCUUGCCCAACCAAUCAGGACCCUGUAAGUACAACUUGUUUAUCAACGUUUUUGUUCAUCAAUUGUCAAUGUAUAUUUACUCUCAUUUACUGUAUAUUUUUUAAGAGACAUUACUUAAAGCCAAGGAUAGACCCUGAUUAUGCAGUACAGACUGAUUCUGCACAGUUCUGUUUUAAAACAGACCACUAACUGAAUUCAGUUUAAAUUCAGUUCUUAACGGUUUAGUGCGCUACACCCAGUGAGUGAAGGAUGAUGGAGAUGUGGUAUUUCUGCCCUCCUCUGAUUGCCUCCCCUCCCCCUCUUAAUAGAUCCUAAGAAAAUAGCCUUUCUCUUCCAUGUCACUAAACAAAACAAAACUGUCACGUGCAUAGAUGACUUCAUUAGUUCAAUAUAUCUCCUCCCUUUCUCCUCUAACGCCGUCUAAAAGGGAGGAGGGGGUUGUGCAUUAGCCACUCUUAUGGCCGCUACUCAGCGGGGGCUAAUAUGCAGAGACAAAACCCCAGCACAAAUCAUGCUGAUCUCUCUUUCUCCUGCAUCCAUCUCUCUCUCUCCCACCACUGUUGUCCUUGCGUCUGCCCUCUCCCUUCUCUCCCCCUCCCUCCAUCACUCUCUCUCUGACCUCUCUCAGCCCUCGUUCACAUGGUGCCUGGACAGGUGUUGCGCUGGCCAUGCUAGCCAGUAGCCUGCCUGCCUGUCUGGUUGCCUUGGCCCCUCAGUUCGGCCAACUCUCCCCCCCACCUCCCCUCCUUCUCCGUUGCAAAUCAGUAUAAAACAGCCCGCUCACCCCCCUCAUCUCCCCUCUCUCAUUCCAGUCUUUCCUCAGUAACAAUGGCGUUGGAGCCCCCUCCUCCUUCCUUCCUUCCCUCUCCAGCACCACCAACAUCUGUGAGCCACCCCGGGCCUCGACCCAUUCUUCUCCUAACUGCGCCAUUAUUAGGCCUCAUUCACUUGUAAAUGCAGCCAGUGAUACUGUUGAUGGGUCUUCAAUCCACAACGCAGAGUCAGGGAGGAAAGGAAAGGAGAGGUAGGGGUGGCUUUGGAGGAGAAGGAAGGGGGCCCAGGAAGGGGUAUUUGGGGACAAUUGUGACAAAGCUUCCAAGUCCUUUUUGUGUAAAAUGAUUUUGGGCGGUUGGCGGGAUGGACGAGUAGCCCUGUUUCCUCUCCUGUCUAUCCCUGUAUCCCUGUAUCCCUGUGCUCUCCUGGUGGGAAUAGGGAAGUGAAAGUAGGUAGAAUGGAGGAAUAGGUCUCCUAAAACUGCAUAGCUCAUCCCUAGAGGAGGAGGCCAUCUGAUGCCUACUGCAGUGGAACUGCAGCUCAACACACUCAACUGGUUUGACUCCUUUCCUCUUUAGUACAGCACCUCAGCGCCAUCUCUGUGAUUUACUCCUUUCCUCUUUAGUACAGCACCUCAGCGCCAUCUCUGUGAUUUACUCCUUUCCUCCUUAGUACAGCACCUCAGCGCCAUCUCUGUGAUUUCCUCCUUUCCUCCUUAGUACAGCACCUCAGUCAUCUCGGUCUAGAUCUAGAUAAGUCAGUGACAUUGAAGUCAUUCUAUUCGCUCUGUAGUAAACAUCAGCAGUGUAUUCACUAGGAACGAAACCGAAGCAAACGGAACCAAACGAGGAGGGACCUACCUGAAUUUGUCAAAUAGAAACUGUCGUUUUCGUUUCAAAACGUUUUGCUACGGUGAAAAAUAUGUUUUCUGUGUCCUCUUUUGUCACAUGCUUUUUAGUACGUGUGGUGUGCGUCAAAACGUAUUGUGUUUUUCUUGUGUUUUGUUUGUGUGAGUGUUUGUCAAUAUGUGUGUCUGUUAAUGACUGACUGUGAGUGACCGUGGUGUAGUGUGUGAAUGUACACUCCCCUGCUAGACCCCAUAGUAGAGGGAACUGUGAGGGAGUGAUAGGAGUGUUUGGGUUGUUCUAACCUCUACAAACAAAGGUUUGGUCUCCGUGGCAGUGGAGUUUCCAGGACAACCUCAAGACAAAAGUUGACCAGAGCAGAGAAUGUGAGCCUAGGAUGACCUUGUUGAUCUGCUGUCCGCUGGACCUCAGUGUGUGCGUGUAACCGUGGUGUGUGUGUGUGUGAAAAAAUCAUUUUCUGAACCUCAGUAUAUCUCUUUAACCCCUGUGAGUGAUUGAUGACCCUGGCUCUGAAUCCCCCCCCGCCUAAGAUCCCCCCCACCCCCCAUUACACACACAUCACAGAAAACGUCCCCUCAGACAUCUCCAGCAAGAUGGAUGACUUUAUUUCCUCCCACCCACAGAUAACGACCAUAACAACAAUAGUAGCGUAAAGCACGGCGGGAGCGAGGUGAAUUAAGAGGAAAGAAAACGAGAGGGAAUGCUUUUAGUCCGCUGUUCAGACGCCCUCUCCCCUCCGACCCACACAGCGCUAUCCCAUAAUGCACCUGCGCGGAGCCUGUGACGCACAUUCCUCCUUUUCCUCCUCUCCAUUGUUGUCCUCCGUCCUCCUCCUCCGCCCACCUGCACUCUCCUCUACAGCCUAUGGAUGGGCUGAAACACAAACAGGGUCGUAUUCACUAGGCGCCAAACGACAGAAACUGGGCUGAAUCGGGGAGGGACUACCUGAACUUGUCCAAUAAGAAACUCUUGUUUUCCGUUGCAUAUCCUAAUGAGUACGACCCAGGACAAUGAAAGCAGACCGGAGUCCAGGAGAACCUUCAUCUCUGCCCCCUCGGCCGCCCUGACCUCUAAGUCUCUCUGAAGGAAAAUCGACAGUCAGGGCGGGAGGGGGGGAUGCGAUAGACUUCAGCGGUUUUUGCGAGAGAGGAGAGAGCGUAUCUUGCUUCCACAAAGGCGAAAUGAUGAGAGCGGAGUGAUUGGCUUCUGUUUUUAGAACUGUGCUGAGGUACAAGUCAAUAUUAAUUGCCUUUGCUCUGCAUCACUCUUCUUUAUAGGUGCUGGGAAGAGGAGAGAGAGAGGGGGGUUCUGGGCAGGGAGGGAGGGAGGGAGGAAGGUAGGCUGAUCAUUACACUCGUGAAGAGGUCUGACAGCCAUCCAAUUAACCUGAUACUGCCCCCUCCCGCCUCUGAGAUGCACUAAAGCCCCACCAAACACUUCUCCAAAACCCUACAGUACCCCCAGGUACUAGGACUGUUCUGUAACGAGCAGAGAGCCUAGAUGUUUUAGACAGGCUGGAUUCCACAACUCCCAAGCGUAGUUUCAGCUUUAUCGAUGUCCACAGAAUCACUGGUGUAGAGUAAGAGAGGUGUUAGCUCUGUGAAGAGCUUCCUCCCUCUCUUUCUGAUGUGCCAGGGCUGUCUGUCUGUAGACCGGCCCCUAGGUUUAUUUUACAUGUCCUUUCUGUGACAUGCCCUGUUCAGAGGUUAUGGGUUUGAAUAGCACAUCAGUGGAGAUGGCAAUACUGAAAUGAUUAUACGCUUUAGUGGGCAUUGAGCACAGCCUCGUCACAUUCUAUCAAACGCCCUACCUUAGAUAUUAUUUCCGCUGCAACGUAGACUUUUCUAUUUUAUAUAUCCCUUCACUUCUUUCUCCCCUUCUCUCUUUCCCUCUUUCCCUCCCUCCCUCUCACAUCCAUAUCAGCACAGAGUGAACUGGUUGGAUCCGGUGAGAGAGGCUGAUGAUGCUGUGUUAGGGAUGGGAAGGCUGGUGUGUGUGUGUGUUUCUGUGAUAUGGGAAACUGCAGUCCCAGUUCUGCUCUCGUGUGCCAUCGCGAGGCCUUGUGCUCCUGUACAUCUGCAGACGGCCAUGAUCGUUUAAGAACACAUACAGUUUUUUAUAAGGAAACACACAUUCCAUUCACACGCAUAUUGAUGGACAGUAAUGAAUGCUUAGGUUACAGUAUAUGGAAUCGUAUCAUAAGGUGGGGAGAGGAUAUUAUAAUUGGCCUGUAACGUGUGUGUGUGUGUGUGUGUGUGUGUGUGUGUGUGUGUGUGUGUGUUUUGCUCUCGUAACCCGACGGUUCAGGAUAUGUUGCUCUCUGUAGCCUGACGGUUCAAGUAGCUCAAGCCAUUGUUAAUGCGAGGUCAAUUUCCAAACAACAGCCUAUUGUUCCAGAGGUCAGACUCAUAGAAAAUGUUUAACAUCACUAACGUUCAAGUUCUUAAAAAAGACACGUGUUUUAUUUUGAAAUGCAUAUAGACGGACACAAUAAUGUGAAUUCCUUAUUUUGGGCUUUGCAUUUUCUGUCAAUCAAUUCCUAAUCUCCAUUUAGGAGCGGUUUCCUGGACAGAGAUUAAGCUAUUAUUUUUCUUUCAAAAGACAGAAAACAAUUUCAAUCAACUGAAAAUAUGUAUUUAGUUAUUAAUCCAGGAAUAGGCUUAACCUGAAUCUGGGAAACCGGCCCGUUAGGUUUACGGGGACAGCACUGCAUGCAUAUCAUGCACACCUCCACUUAGGAAGUGGAGGAUUAUAUAUGUCAGGAUGUUAUCCAUUUAAAAGCUCCUUUAUAUUUUAACCUCUUUGUUUGCCAAGAUAUCCUAAUAUAAAACCUAAUGUCCCAGAGGUGAAUGAGGGCGAUGGCUGGCUUUGAGACGUCUGUCGCUCCAUCCCCCUCAGCAUCACACACACACACAUACAGUGAUCUCUAGUGAUCCCUGGUCCCUCUGUCGCGUCACAUCGACCGGCUGGGAUGGGGGGCUGGAACCAUGCACCUUGAACUCUGACCUCUGACCCCUGUCUCUGCUUCUGUCUGUGUGCCUGUGUGCGUGUGUAGGGGACAUGAUGCAGCUGCUGGUAUGGAUCAGAGGGAACAUGCUGAAGGAACGUCCCGAGCUCUUUGUCCAGGGAGAUACUGUGUGAGUAUUAUACACACACACACACACCGCCAUUCAUUUUUUAGUGAUCAACUUUUUAUUCUUGUUGGGGUGAAACAGUUACAAAAGGAGAGAUGCAGACGAAUGUUUAUAUUUGCCCAAGAUGUGACCGAAAGACACAGCCAUCAUUAAAGGAAGAUGGAUACUACUGGACAGAGUUGUGAUUUGUGGAUGCUCUCUCCUCCUCACCCAUUCUAGGCUAAGAGCUAAGGGCUUUGACUUUUACUGUUCCUUUUUAUAGGGGUCUAUUGAUAGGGGUAACUAGCUAAUGAAGGGAGGAUAUGUGAGAGAGGGAGAAAAUCUGUGCCACUACCUAUAGACUCUAUAGAUUAGGUCCACUGUAGAGAGAGUGUGUCUGUCUACUCUUAAUCAUUGUAGAUCACACAUUGCAUUCCAAACCGGGAUGCUUUGCUUUUAACCUGAAAACCGACAUUUUUAACAGCUGCACCACAUUAGUGGAGGCUGUUUGAAUCUGUUUGUUUUGAGGUGUACUGGCUAUGUCAGGGGAGGUUAUGUAUGUUAUGCCGUAUGGAAAGGGCGUUUUUGAAGGUAAAGCAGCCUAUCAGAGCAUCGCAUGUAGCCCUGUGACUCUGUGACGUCAGAGCGCACCGACCGCGGUGGUGAUGGAGGCAACUUCAUACAUACAGCAAGAGAAACAACAUGCAGUUGUGGCGCACGUCGCUAUGUCUUCAGAUACCAUAGUCAGAUUUCAGCGGGUACGCAGUCCCCCAACACCCCCUCUACAACACAUGAUCACACACACCUGAUCGUCCCUCCUGCAUCCUCCUGUGAUGUGUAAAAUGCAUGCAUGUGAUUUCAUUUUUCUUCAUUGUGUAGAAUUAUCCUGAGACUAGAUUGUCUUAUUUGUGUGUCUGAGGUAUUCCAAUGCAAUGCUUUUUCCUUCAUUUUAAUAGGAGGCCUGGGAUCUUGGUACUUAUCAAUGAUGCUGACUGGGAAUUGAUGGUGAGUGUUCUAUUGGGUGUAAAAAAAAGAAAACACAAAAAGUUCCACACACAUUGUUUAUUUGCACAGUAUAUGGAUUCUGUAUCUGAUUCUGCUACAGUGUACAUCUAAAAACAAUACCGGUCUUUUUUAACUAAAUGCAUUUUGGAAGAGCACCCUUUUGAUACCAUUUCUGUGUUUUUUCCAGAAGCAAAUCCACACUCCCUUUUUUCUAUUUCCUCCCUGUAUUUUAUAUUCACAUCUUAUAACCUACGUGUGUACGUCUGACUGUGUCUAUAUGCGUCUCUCUCUUUCCUUAUUUAAACGUAUGUAUUUGUAUAUUUUAAAUAUCCAUAGCAUGCAUCUGUGUCACAUAUACACACACACGUUUCUAUAUCUCUCUAUCUGAAGGGUGAGUUGGAGUACAAGCUGCAGGACAAGGACAACGUAGUAUUCAUCUCUACUCUCCAUGGAGGU